AUGCGCUUCUUUCAACUUGCAGGUAUCCUUGUUCUCGCAAGUCCAGUACUCGGAAAACUUGACAAGCCUGUCUUGUGCCCCGGUGUGGACUUCGCCCACAUUGACGACGAUCUGUUCGAGGCUCUUCCACAAACACCUCACACUGUCACCAAGUGGCCAUGGGGAAAGCUGCCUAAGCAAUGCAAGAAAUUGGCUGCCCAGGAAAACUUGGAUCCCUACAACAUGACAGUCUAUAAUGUUCUUUAUGAGGACUGUCCCCAGCCUUGGGUCAUCUGCCACCAUCACUUGUCGCAAAACCGUAUCGAAUCCAUCGCCGACAACUUUGGUCGCGUGCCUAUUGGCCUGAGAAACUUCAUUCGAAUCCAAUUCGCGGCCCCACCACUCAACGGUACACUCAUGGGCGCUUGCACGACUUUUCCACGGGGAGAUGUGGCAAUCUACGGUAACACUACCAAGAGGCUCCAAGACUGGGUUCACGAGGCUAUCCAUGGCGCCGAUUACUACCUUGGCCAUAAGCUAUAUGGGAAGAUGUUCACAGACACGGCCCUUUUCACGAACGAGUUCAACAAAGACGAAUUUGUCAGCGACGAUUAUGCCAAACUUUCACUUCGUGAGGCCUUUGCCCAGAUGGGUGUACUCACCACGAUCGAAAAGUUUUUGCCUGGCAGAAUGGCCUCUUUCCAACCGAAUUGGUACCUUCUCUCUCACCAACAUGCUGCUGUGUCCACCUUUUUGAAGGAUGUCCUGACGCUGGACGGUACAUGUGACCGAGUGGAGAAAGAUUACGAGAUUGCCUGCAUGGGACCAGAGGCAGGAUGUGAGAGCCCACCGAGUGCCAAACUGAGGCGAAGGGACAAUGAUUUGAAAGCCAAGUAUGAAACCAAGGUCCCGGAUGGGAGGUCUUUCGACACUUGCGAAGGACAAUACGACCAGGUGUACUAA